AUCUAAUUUCUUCAAAAUAUAAUCAGUCAAAGCAAAAUGCCUGGAGGUCGAAGAAACCUUAGCCGAUCUGGAUCUGGACGGCCUCCUCAACCAAUAUUCUCAACUAACGAUGAUAUUAACAAAUCAAAAUUGGGGUUGCAGUGUGAAGGUGUUUCGUCCAAAGUGGUAUCUCCUCGACACAUUCCCUUACCAGUGUUACCACAUGAUAGUAGUCUUAUGUUUGAGAUAAUUAUGUUCUCAUUCACUGCUAUGGCAACAUUUCUACAAUUCCUGCAUCUUUAUCGUUCUGUUUGGUGGUUGCCACAGUCUUACACAAGAUAUUCUAUGAAUUUUUAUCUGAUUGACCCUUACCUAGUGGGGUUUAUUGGCACAAUAUUGGGUCGCCGACUUCUAUACAGCUUGGUGAGCGAAGCUGUCAUGGUCUGGACACCACCAUCUAUAUGGGCAGUUCUGCAGCAACUAGUCAGGUUGUUGUUACUGAGCAUUGUUCUGGCGUCGCUCAUUUGGUGCACAUACAACAUCAUGCAAAACCAUCCAAUUGUUAACAUAUUUUAUCUGUGUUAUCCAAUAUCUGUAUAUUUUAUUCUCUUCGGACUCAGUGUCAGUCCUUUUUUUGAUGUUAUGUCCUUACCUUCGCUCACCACUGAAGAGUCUAAAGCUGCUGCCAGGAUUAUGGGAAAGCCUCUUCACAGCUGUUCCAUGUCUCCUCAGACUAUCAGAGAAGAAGUGGAUUAUCUCAAGACUGAUUUCAACAUUCGCAUGAAGCAAGUACUUUUCAGCUCUGUACUGAAUGCGUACUAUGCUGGAUUUGUUCCCUGUUGUUUUGCUCAGAAUUUCCUGUACUAUGACAUUUACUGGGCAACACAACACCUGACUUUUGUGUGGCUCGGGUGUUUCACUAUGUACCUCGUCCAGUGCUACCCAGUUAAGUAUUGUGAUACACUGCACAGGGCAGCCCUGCACCUGGGUAAGUGGGCCAGAGUUGAAGGCCGCACCAUGCAUCUUCCUUCCCACAUCUGGACAGACUCCACCUUGUGGCAUCAGGGAGCCCUGGUCAAGCACUGUAAGGAGCUUUACAAGGCGGAGGGAAUAUCCAAUGCAGCAGAACCAGGGAAUCCUUCUCACACUCGCUUUUAUUCGUUUUUCAACAACCCAGCGAUUCCACUGUGCAUGGUGGUAGGCCUGCAACUGUCACUGGUGGCACUACAGGUUGUAAUAUUGGUGCGAGUGUCUGAAUGGUACCAGGUGGUCUCUCUCGCACUGCUUCUCUUCGCCAACUAUUACACUCUGUUCAAACUCUCCAGAGACUAUCUUGUAUGCUGGAAAGUGUACAAGGCAGAGGCGAUGAUACAAGACAAAAUUACUGGUGGAUAAUUGAGCAUUUUUACUGGAAGGACUGUGAUGUGACAACUUCAGUUUUUUAGUUGUGAUUCGUGAUUUUCUACAGAAUAGAAUAACAAAAUGUAUGACCUGUAUUAUUAUUUACUACAUAUAGCUGGAAUAUUUGUAAGUCUACUGAUAUUGUGAUUUAUUCAAAGAUCUCAUGAGAAGAAACAUACUGUAUAUAGAA